CUCAUUUAACAUAAAACGUUUCAAUGGCGUAAAACACCCCUUCGUUAACAUUUUCAGUGAUCGCCCAUCUCUCAUCCAUACAUCCCUCAGCGUGCGCUCCCAGGUAUGGUGACGAUAACAAAUGCGGAAGUUUGUAGUCAACAGCGCAGGGAGCGGCUGGAGUGAACUGUCCACAGUCAGGCACGAUGUCCAACAACGACGAUAUCCGAUACUGUCAUCGAUGCUCCUACAUUUUCCUCAAAUUAAUCCUGUUCAGUUAUGCCAUCAUCUGGUGGUUGAUAGGUGGCUUUAUCCUGGCCAUUGGUAUCUAUGCUGAGGUGGAGAGACAACGCUUCAAGACACUGGAGGGAGUGUUUUUGGCCCCAGCUAUAAUCCUGAUCGUUCUAGGAAUCCUUAUGUUUGUGGUUUCACUCAUUGGAGUCUUGGGAUCUCUGAGGGAUAAUCUAACCCUACUGAAAGUGUUUAUGUACACCCUGUCUCUGUGUCUGAUCCUGGAGCUGCUGGGAGGAAUAAUGGCGCUGAUGUUUCACAACCAGACAUUGGUGUUACUGAACAAGAACAUCAAAAAAGGCAUAGUGAACUACUAUGAUGACCUAGACUUCAAAAAUAUCAUGGACUUUGUACAGAAGAAGUUUAAGUGUUGUGGAGGUCAAGAGUAUACAGACUGGUCAGUCAACAUGUACCACAACUGCUCUGCCCCUGGUCCGUUGGCCUGCGGUGUCCCUUAUACCUGCUGCAUUACUACUAAGCCUAAUGAAGUGGCGAACACUAUGUGUGGGUACAAGGUGUUGGAAAAAACGCGUUUGGACUUGAUUGACGCCAUCCAUAUCAGAGGCUGCACUGAUGCUUUCUUCAUCUGGCUGAUGGACAACUAUAAGAUUAUGGCUGGACUGCUAUUAGGGAUCCUUCUACCUCAGUUCUUUGGUGUGAUAGUCAGCUGGUUGUACAUCACUCGCGUUGAAGACGCCAUCAAUGAGUACGGUCACUACAUGGACCUACUGGACUCAAGCGCUGAUGAAAGAGAAAUCAAGAAGCAGGGCCAAAUGGGCAAAUGGUUUAGGUGUAUGCCAGAGAUCGACUGAUGAAGCAUAAAACAAAAAGCCGCAAAGGACUCCAUCCAACACUCACAGUUGGUUAAAUCACUCCAGUCAGUCCACAUAUGCUGCUGCCACUGUGGGAGCCUUUGAACUGCAGGUUUACUACAUUUAAAAUGUGUUGUUUUUUCAUGUUUGUUUGUUUGUUGUUUUUGAGAAGAAGGAAUUAUUCAGCAACCAGAUUAUUGAGAGUUUGAUAUUCAAGUGUCUGUUCCUUUUUCAGUUUAAUUGUAAACGUACUACAUGUAUACAACAAAUAAAUGUUUGCAGGGCUCACUGUGGUGUUAGAUGCAUUGUGCCCAAAGAGUCUCAGGGAUAAACUCAGAAACCAAUUGAACCACCGUUGCUUCUGAUUUUAUAUUAUGACAUUUAUUUCCAAUACACAACCACAAUUUACUCUUUCUUAUUUUUUAUACCUUUGUUUUUGCCACAAAUUAAAGAAUUGAUUGGCACCUUUAAACAACCACUGUUAAAGAAGGUCCUAUCCAACCACUACCAUUUCCAAAAUCUCCAAUGCAAGCUAGUGUAGGCUAAGACACCAUUUCUUUCAUCUGAAACAGGACGUGUUUGCCUUAUUUGUAUAAAGACUUGAGGUUUGAGACUGUAGAAAAAGUCUUUAUACAGUACCCUGCACAUCCACUUAUGACCACAGAUGCUCACUGAACUUUUGGGAUGUUUGUAUUGCUCACGUUUUCUUCAUCAUUGCCUUAACUUUUAACUUCUUCAAAAAACAUUUUCUAAUCAUCUUCAGUCAACUUACUAGUAUAAUGAGAAAAUUAAAAAGCUGACCUGACCCAGAGUCUGCUUCAGAUGAUCAGUUUUAUGUCAAUUUAAAAGAUGAAAACCAAUGCUGUGAGUGCCACUGCCAUACUCUCGCUUUGCCAGAGAGUGUGGCUACUCCACAUAGCAUUUGGGGAUGGAAGGAAAAUGUGCUUUGGUUUCUUGGCAUGUUUUAAACCAAUCACAAUUGUCAUGGGCAGGUGCUAAGCACUGGAGAAAAGCCAUGGUCCGCUACAAAAUAGCCUCGGAAGGAACUUGUUUUGGUGAAACGUGUACGUUUUAAUGUUGUUUUAAUCAUGUAACAGAAAACUCAGAUUGGACAGAUAGUCUAGCUAGUUCACACAGAACGUACCUCUAGUUACAAAACCUUGUGACUUGAAGCACAAGCUAUGAUGUGUGUCAAAGUCUCUAUCCACCUCCCUGCCAUUUAAUGUGCUACUGAACUUUGUUUGGUUUGAUGUGAAGUUGGAAACUGAGACCAAAUAGGCAAUCUGUAAAUUGUACUUUGUGUCUUUUUGUGACUUCACUUAUGAUAUAAGUAUAUACUGUACUGUACUUACAUCACUUCUAAAACAUGUUUUCAAGCAUUUAAAAUUGGUUCUUUUUACUCUCAUUGUUUCUAUUCAACAGUACUUACCAAGCUUUCCACAUUGGCCUUGUUUCCAAUGGAGGGUCAAAUAAAGAUUGUCAGGACUUUAUCCUCACUAGUAAACUCACAAAUCAGUGUCAAAUAUCUAAUAUUGUUGAAUAAAUUAAAUCAGCUUGUGUUCAUUUUGCUGCAGAAAAGAAGUAUUUGAUUUUUACCUUACUAACAUGUUGCAUUGUCCUUCACUUGGAUUUGUUUUGUUAAGCCUUGAUUAAAGUCUUUUCUUGUUUAA